AUGAAUAACACCGGGCUCAACCAGACGGAGGCUGGACUGCUCAACAGGACGGAGGAGUUCUUCUGCUGCAACUUUUCCUCCGUGGUGACUGAUAAUGGCUUCGUGGCUGCAGCUCCGGAUGAGAGGAGCCUCUUCAUCAUGAGGGUGGUCCAGAUCGCCGUUAUGUGCGUUUUGUCCCUCACUGUGGUGUUUGGCAUAUUUUUCCUCGGAUGCAACCUGCUCAUAAAGUCAGAGGGGAUGAUCAACUUUUUGGUAACGGACAGGAGACCGUCUAAAGAGGCGGAAGCAGUCAUUGUUGGAGCCUACUGAUG